AUGUCGACGACGAAGCAAAAGGAAGAAGUCAAAGUCCGCGUCUUUGUUCCGCCUCAGCCGCCGAGGAACGGCUGUCUGCUGCCCGGUCCCGCAGGCCAGAUGGGGGCGUUUAGCAGUACAUCUGUACGCGCGCGAACAGAAGGUGGACGCCCAGCGUGGUGGUGCAAGACGGACAAACUCGUGGUAUUCGACGGCAUUGAUGCGGAAGCGAAUGGCGAGGUGACCAUCCGUGCUAGGACGAGCAAAGGCCUGAGCAUCGCGCGGCGCAGAGGCGAUACAGAAACAGUAGUCAUACCGAUGAACUGCAAACACUGUCAGGAGAUGCUCAAGCGACAUGAGUGGAAGUACGAUAUUCAAGUGUGUAAACGUAGUGUGUGUUGGGAUUGUAAGGAGAGAUGCAAGUGGGAACAAGAGCAGGAGAUCAAGGAGCGGGCUGAGGCAAGCAUGGAAGUCAAAGCAGAACGAGAACGUGCGGACAGUGUAUUGCAGGAUGACGAGCCGAGGAUGGAUGAUCUGGUGCGUAAGUCGGGCAUCGAGCAGUGCAGGCCGAAAAGCCCCAUUGAGGCUGUUGGCGGUAUCGAGGAGCGAAUAGCUAGUGUGGGGUGCUGA